AUGAAUAUCUACCUUAUUGGUAUAUUAUGUAUUGUGGGUUUGAUUAUUUCACAAGGGUCUACUGCUAACGGAAGUCCUAAGAAGGAUAAACAUCCUACUCAGAAAGAAAUCUACAAACCUAUAACGCCAAAGGAAAUAAAUAAUGGAACGUCAGACAAACCUCAGUCCAUAGCCGAUAUUUUCUUAAUCAAUAACCCAAAGGUUCCUUUGUGGAUUGUAAAUCCCCUAUACUACAUAGUCGAGAAGUUUGUGCAAAUUAUGGGAUAUUUACUAGAAGACGAUGAUACUUUAGAACUCAACUUGCCAAAAGACUAUUACGACAAUUCAAUAUGA